UUUCAAUAAAACAAAGUUUUGUUCUUGUCUUCUUCACAAGAGAAGAGAUAUGUCUCUCUUACUCUGUUUUUCUUCUCUCUCUCAAUAAUCCAACAUGGUAUCAGAGCCGAUGGUUGUCCUUGGUUGUCUCUACAAAAAUAAGAUGUCUUCUGCUGCGAAAAGAAAAAGAGAGAUGGAGACAACAAAUCUAUGGUGAGAUGAAGAGGAAGAAGAAGAGGGAAGAAGAAGAAAUAAGAGGUGGUAACAAGAGAAAGUACCAUCAGUUUUCACAAACACAUUCACAUGAAGUACCUUCAAGAGGAAGGCUCCAAAAGCGAUGAAGAAGAUAGGAAAUCUUCUCUAGAGGCAAUGGAGAAAACGAAUGUGGAUUUGGAGUUGUGGAAGGAGAGUUCUGAAAAUUUGUUCAACAACGUCUUGGUGAAGCGCAAGACGGGAAAGCCGCUGUUGUAACAAACUGAGCAAGGCUUAUUAUCAAAACGUUGUGUUGAGUUGUGAAGAUGACUACAACACGAAAACGUGGAGAAAAGUUUGCUUCAAAAGGAAGAAACAAACGGGGCGACAAAAGUCAAAAGAAGGCCAAGAAAUAGUGUGACUUUUGUACGUGUGACGAUCACAUUGAGGUGAUUGUUGGAGAAAGCAACACAGAGAUGUUAGCUUGCCUACGAGUGUGAAGCUGCUUACCUAAGAGAGAGGGAGCAGAGUUCAGUUCGGUUGCAAAGAUAGCCGACGAAGACGUGAAGAGAUUUUCACGCACAAGACGUCAAAAAGACGUGGAGGUGAUCAAAAGAGGACACCAUAAGAGGAUGCUUACCUCGGAGAAAAAUGGAGCA